AUGGAUCCAAGCAAGCCAUAUGCUCCUCUUCUUCUACCUCGUACACUCUCUUUGAAUCCGCCAACUCCUCUCGAGUUUCCAGGGAGGCCUUUGUUGCAUGCUAUCGACAACUCGAGCUCUAUAGCGUUAUCUAUUCUAGCCAGAGUCGUUUGCGACGGACACCAGAGAGUGCUGGAGGUACAUCAACGUCCUCCUUUCUCUUAUAUCACUCUGAUCUCCAUGGCUAUUAAGAGCUCUCCUAAGAAGAAGCUAACACUGAACGAGAUUUACACGUACAUCAUGGAAAAGUUUCCUUUCUACAGAGAAAACAGACGAGGUUGGCAGAACUCGAUACGACACAAUCUCUCCUUAAACGAGUGCUUUGUCAAAGUCCCAAGGGACAAAGACGAUCCGCCUGGUAAAGGCAACUAUUGGACACUAGCUCCAGAAUUCAUGGACGCAAGUCCAGAGGUUGUGAAACUGAACAGGAGAAGGAGAAACCGCGGAAGACGAGAUAGAUCUAAAGAUGUUCCUGAAGAAGUUACUCCAAGACCUUCCUCAACUGGUAGUACAUUUAGUGAAGAGGAUGAUAGUGGUUCAGUAGUAGGUCGAUCUCCUUCCACCUCGUCAUCUGCUGGUUUGCUAACUCCACCUUGCAGUCCUACGGAUAUGGUAUUUUCAGAUUCACCACCUCCAUCUUCAGGGUCUGCUCAUCAUCAUUACCAACCUCCUCCCUCUUCUCCUCAAUCUUCGUCUCGAAGAGACUCUACGUUGGAUUUGAGCGAUCGCUGCAAAAGAUUCUCAAUUGUUAAUUUGCUCUCUUAA